GUGACCAAACAGAUUGCGGAGGGAGGGCCUUCCUUUCAGGACCACUUUCAAUGCCUGCUGAGCCUUCCGUUAAAGUGAAAAACGCUGAUUCUUUUCUCAGUUGCUUUCCCGUCGCUCUUGUCAAUGCUUCAGAGAAAGCAAAACUUUCAACUUCUUUGGCAGGCGGAGGAGAACUUCAAAACCCAAGCAAACUCUUUGGCAAAACAAGAAGGCGCUUGAUAUAACCGGAUUGCUCAAGACCAGACUUUUAUUUUAAAUAGUUUUAUCGAAGAUGUUUAUCAAGAUCCAGCUCCUUCUUUUCCUGAUAGGGAGCUUAUCAUUCCAUGUUCUUGCUGAGGAAGCAAGUACAGUCUCACUGGAAGAUGAAGCACCAACUACUGACAGCAGAGACAGUGACGUUUCUGAAUUUCCAACGUUCCCAGUGACAACAGAAGAUCCGGUAACCACAGACAGUGCCCUCUCAAUCAGUGAUGAUGCUGAAAACUCAACUGACCCAAGCUUACCAGAAUCUGAUGAUGGCCUGGAAACGGCUACACUGGUUGGCAUCAUCUUUGGAGUCAUUGCUGCUAUCGCAGUCGCCACAGGGAUUGUCAUUUUGGUGGUGAAGAAAAUGGGGAGGUACUCUCCCUGAAACUCACUGAAGAGAGAAAGAGGAAAUACAUCAGAAGAUUUCUUCCUUUUCUGAGUGAGUCUCCUCCCAUGCUAACCAUGGAAGGUGAUCUCGGGCAAAUAGCAAUUUGAGGACUUAUAAGCCCACGGACGAGAUCUCACGCAAUUUCCUGGAGCAAGCUUUUAAAAAUACAAAUAUGCCUUAAA